AUGAUUGUGGUAGAUGGCACAUUCUUGAAAACAACAUACGAAGGGACGUUGUUUACAGCAUCAACAAUGGAUGCUAAUAAACACAUAUUCACAUUGGCAUUCAGAAUAGGAGACUCAGAGAAUGAUUCAUCAUGGGAGUGGUUCUUCCACAAGCUAAGAGAAACAUUCGGAGAAAGAGAAGGCAUGACAAUCAUCUCAAACCGGCACAAAAGCAUAGAGAAAGCAGUAGCAACUGUCUACCCAAACAUAUUCCAUGGAUCAUGCAUACUCCACUUGCUUAACAACAUUAAGGUCAAUUUUGGAGCACACGGAGAAGUUCUUACAUUAAACUUUGUCAAAGCCGCCAAGACAUACAACACGAAAUCAUUUGAAGAAUACAUGUCAAAACUCGACAAAAUAGACAACAGAAUCAUACCUUAUCUUCAGAGAAUAGGAUACGAAUAUUGGAGUAGAUGCCACUGCCCGACUAGAAGGUACACACUGAUGACAUCCAACAUAGCUGAGUCGAUAAAUUCAGCAAUACUUGCCACAAUAACACUGCCCAUCACUACAAUGAUGGAGAGUCUUCGAAGUUUGGUACAAAAAUGGGUUCGGACAAAUGACAACGAAGCACAUGGAACAUUCACAAAAGUUUCAACAGUGACAGAAAAAAUACUCAGAGACAACUUUAUUCGAGCAAGAAAAUAUGAGGUUACACAAGUCACAACCAUACUCCACCAAGUGAAUGUGCUAGAGAAAGGGAAAUUCCUGGUCAAUUUACUAGACAAAACAUGUGAAUGUAACCGGUUCCAGCAAGAUGAAAUCCCAUGUGCUCAUGCAAUAGUUGUAUUCUCGAAACGAGGAUUGCGAGUUUACGACUAUGUUGCGGACUACUACAAACCUGACGAAAUGAAAGCAACAUAUGACACAACAACAAACCCAUUACCAAAUGAAAGUGAGUGGACACUGCCUGAAAGCUUGGAAAGGAUAGUCCUACCCCCAAACACAAAAAAGAGAGCAGGGAGACCUAGGAGGAGAAGAAUAAGUUCAAAAGGAAAGCCAAAGAACAGUUACAAUAAAAAAAAACAAUAUAUUUGA